UUGUGCAAAAAUUAAUAUUUUUCAAAUUUUGGGCAUUUACAAAAUGUUGGGAGGAAAUCAGAAAAGUGUAACAAUAGCAAAUUAUAUCACAGCAAAAUUUCAACAGCUCAGUUUUUUUUAAAGGUACAACUUGAGCACCUAAAUUGAUUGUAUGAUGAUCUAUGAUCUAGUAUUUGCAAGAAAUGUAACAUCAAGAACUCCCACUUCCUAUCCCAGCCGACCCAUACUUAGUAUGCUUCCACCCACCCCUAUCAUAUGCCCACCCUCUUGCGUAAAGCUAGCAAAGGCUUAAUAAACCAAUCCUUUUCUUCAGUAAAACGUUGAUACAACCUCAAUAAACUAAUGGGUAUAAUGUUGAGGAGAAAUAAAGUGAAAUUCCAGGAAUCUCAGUAUAAGAACAGCAACUUGACUCAUUCAGCCAUUAUAAAAUACCAUUCCCUUAGGACAUGGGUCUAUUUUGUGUUUACCAGAUAUAAACAGGAGUCUUUUCACCUUUUGCAUUCCUGGAAAAAGUGAAACCCAGUGGAUUACAUUCUGUAGAAACAUGCUUUUCAAAUGCAAAUCAUAUUUUUACACAAAUCUUUCUUGUAGUUUGGUGACGCGCAUAUAGCAUCUAUGAUGCUUCAAAAAUCGCAUGGAAUUCAUUUCAAAUUGUAUUCAAUGCUUUUAUUUACAAUACCUGGGACUCCAACGUAUUAUUAUGGUGAUGAGCUUGCUCUCAAAGACGAUAAGACUACCACAAAACCUCUAAUGCGGUGGGACAAAUCUAAAUAUGCUGGAUUUUCAAUUAAUGAACCUUGGAUUUUACCCAAUAAGGAUAAAUUACCACCACCCGUUAUUCAACAGGCUACAGAACCAUUAUCGGCAUUGUCAUUGUAUAGAAUGCUUGGAGAAAUAAGAAAUGAAGAACCACCACUACAGUAUGGUGACUUCCACCUUAUGAUAAAUACAACAACAGUCCUUUCAUUUAUAAGACAGUGGGAUCGUCUAGGAAUUUUAAUUAUCCUGAAUUUUGGUGGUCAAUAUACUUUUGAUUUUACUGCGGUAUAUCUCCCACAAACUGCUCUUCUACUAGCAAAGUCAACAGAUAUGAGCCAAUGUAAAUUAGUAAAUUUGUAUAAUAUGAAGAUAGAAGCAAACAUGGGAUACAUACUAAAAUACUUCAUUUCACCUUAGUUCUUGAUCUAUGAUAUAACAUUUAUAUGAAUAAUAUAUUAACUAUAUCUAUGAAUAGUGCAA